AUGCGCCCGAAGCCGGAGAUGGUCAUAGGUGGCGGCGUGCCUUCUUGGACAAAGUCCAUCCCGGGUCCCAUUUACAGCUACGACACGAACUGUUUCAAGGAGAAGCAGCCUGUGUUCAGCAUCCGCGGCAGGGGUGAUGAUGAUUUCGGCAACAAGAACGCCAAGGAUGCCCCGCAAAUAUCGACUGAGCAGCUGAUGAAGGGCAUCGACGCCAGCCGAAAAAAGCCGCCGUCAUGGUCGCUGAAGUCUCGCCCCGCCAUGGUUCCUGGGGAUGCAGUGCCCUCCUGGGUAGCUUCUAUCCCAGGCCCAAAAUAUCACUACCCAGUGGACUGUCACAAAAAGAAGCAGCCAGUCUAUUCCAUUGGCAAGAAGCUGCCCUCCGAGUCCGACCUGAUGAAAGUCCGCAGUCCCGGACCCAUGCGAUAUGAUGGCCCAGCCAUGGAGUCGAAGAAGCAAGAGAUGGUUGACAGCACCAGGCCCCCCAGUUGGGAAACGUCCUUAAAAGAUCUGGGAUCUAAUAUUCCCGUCCCUUCAAUGUGGCCACGCGAAGCUGCGUGCGGGCGACAGAACUGUUUUUGGUGGCUAUAUCAUUGCUGUGUCGUAAGAGGAUUGGAACCUGAAAUGCCAGCGGCCGACUUCUCCUUGAUGAAGCGAGGUGUGGAGAAAACCGACGCGGAUUGA